AUCGGCCGCGGGGAGUUGCUAUAUUACCCCGCGACUUCCCUCGGCCAUCACCUUCCGCGGCUGGCUUGGCUCCUUUAGAGGUGAACGUGUUGAAGGAAAUCUAAGAAGAUGGUUCUAAAGACCGAACUCUGCCGUUUUAGCGGUGCCAAGAUAUACCCCGGAAAAGGCAUUAGAUUUGUUCGAUCUGACUCUCAGGUCUUCCUUUUCGCAAAUUCAAAAUGCAAACGUUAUUUCCACAAUCGUCUGAAGCCUGCUAAGCUGACCUGGACUGCAAUGUACAGAAAGCAACACAAGAAGGAUAUUCAUGCUGAAGCUGUAAAAAAGAGACGUCGUACCACCAAGAAACCAUAUUCGAGGUCCAUUGUUGGUGCUACUCUUGAGGUUAUUCAGAAAAAGAGAACUGAGAAGCCUGAAGUUCGUGAUGCUGCAAGAGAAGCGGCUCUUCGCGAGAUCAAGGAGCGUAUAAAGAAAACAAAGGAUGAGAAGAAAGCCAAAAAGGCUGAGGUCACAGCUAAAAGUCAGAAGACCCAGACAAAAGGAGGUGCUCCAAAGGCUGCCAAGGGUCCCAAGCUUGGUGGUGGUGGUGGCAAGCGCUGAGAACUCAGUUAUGCUAUUUACUCCAAUCUUCGCAAAUCAGCUGUCUUGGAGGAAUUUAGUUUUGUCAUAUGACUUUCUUGUGCCUGUGAGAAGCACAUCUGCACCAAUUUGAUAUUUUAUUUUUCCUUUGUUCGGUUGUGAAACAUCAAAAGUUUAUCGGAGACUAUUAGUUUCAAGUUUAUCCGA